AUGAUCAGUUUGUGUCAGAUAAUACAUAACAGUAAGAACACAGAUCUCAUAAAAAUCUCCAAAAGGUUAUCCUGGUUACUGCGGCAUGGAGCUCACAAGUCAGGUGUACUCAUGACAACUGAUGGUUAUGUCUAUAUUGAUGAAAUAUUGGCACUUGAAUCUUUCAAAAAUGUCAAGUUGGACCAAAUAAAAGAAAUUGUCGAUACAAAUGAGAAAAAAAGAUUUGUAUUGAACAAAGACUGUGAGGGAAAAUUAAAAAUUAAGGCAUGUCAAGGUCACUCAAUUGAGGUUCCUGAUUUAGAACUGACCCCGAUAACAAAAAGUAGUGAUGUACCAGUAGUUUUGCAUGGAACAACUAAACAAGCCUGGCAGUCUAUAAAAGAUGAGGUAGGGUAUAGGGGAUCUUCAAACGUUCUCAUAAGCAUUGAUUUAGAUAAGGCUUUGAAAGAUGGUUUGCAAUUUUUUAGAACCCCUAAUAACGUAAUCUUGAGCCCUGGAAACGAAAAAGGCUAUAUUUCUCCAUCCUACUUUAAAUUUGUUAACUUCAUUUGA